AUAGUCGCCUGCGUGUGUUUUUUUCAUCGUCGUCUUGGCUCCGCCCUUGUAUUCCCCAAUCCCCCACCCGGAGUGGCAUCCUCACCAGUCACCGGGCCUCCGGCGUCAAACCCUCAAAGAUAGCCACCCUCUUCCGGGGGCUGGAUCUGGACAGAGCAGUACCGGAAGGGCGUGAAGCUCCCGCUGCUGCGCGGCUUCCCCGACCUCCGUCCCGCUUCAGGCCAAGAGCAGACGACGGCGAAUCUGGGAACCACACACCGAGCUUGCAAGCAUGGAUCUGGCAGCGGGGGCGAUAGGGAGCCUGCUGCCCAAGCUGGUUGAGCUGCUCAAGUUAGAGUACGGCCUCUACUAUGACACGAGGAAGGCGAUCGAGUCUCUAUUGCGGGAGCUCGAAUCCGCGUACGCCGUCCUCCGCGAGAUUGGCGAUGUGCCACCGUACGAGCUGGACGUGGACGAGCUGGUCAGGCUCUGGGCGCGCGAUGUCAGGGAGGCAUCCUACGAUAUGGAGGACGCCCUCGACGCAUUAUUCUUGGUGCCCAUCGGCGGUCCUGAGCCUACGGAAACAAGCCUCCAUGAAAAGGUGGGCAAACUGUUCCAGAAGAGCAAGGCUCGCCGCAACUUGUCUACCCAGAUCCACGACAUCAACGAAAAGGUCGACAAGCUGGCAGCAAAGCGUGACAGGUACGGACUCGACAUUUUUGUUGCCAAACCUGUAGGUGCAACGAGCAUCGACCCUCGCAACGCGACUCGAUACAUAAGGGCAACAGAUCUUGUUGGCAUCGAGGGACCAAGGGACGAACUCAUAAGUAUGCUGUCGGUAGGGGGUGACGUUGAUAUGUCCAAUAAGAAGAUCAAAAUCGUCUCUGUUACUGGAUCCGGAGGACUGGGCAAGACCACCCUUGCCAAAGCUGUAUAUGACCAGCUUAAACCAGGUUUCGAUUGCGGGGCUUUCAUCCCGUUGGGUCGGAAUCCUGAUAUGAUGAAAGUCUUUAAAGACAUUCUCAUUAAUCUUGACAAGAAAAGGUAUGCUAAUUAUUCAGAUCUGAAUGUUUUGGAUGUAAAGAAGCUCAUGGAAAAACUCAAGGAAUUCGUCGAGAAAAAGAGGUGUUUCAUUAUUAUUGAUGAUAUAUGGGACAUCCAAUCAUGGAAAUUAAUCAAAUGUGCUCUGCAAGACAGUGAUUGUCGAAGUAGAGUAGUCAUAACUACUCGUAUUUUUGGAGUGGCCACAUAUGCAGAUGACGUUUACGACAUGCAACCACUUUCUCCCGAGAAAUCUGAAAAAUUAUUUUAUGCAAGAAUGUUUGCUGGUGACGGGAAGCAUUUGGAUAGGCCAUCAGCUGAGACAUGUGAACUGUUUUUGAAGAAAUGCUGUGGUUUGCCAUUAGCUAUCAUAACAAUAGCUAGUUUGUUGGCCAAUAAACCAGAGGAGGAGUGGUCUGAGGUAUACUACUCUUUUGGUUUUGGGAAUACAGACAAUUAUGAUGAUGUAGAAAAUGCCAGAAGGAUAUUGAGUUUUAGCUACUACGAUCUUCCUUCACGCCUAAAGGCUUGCUUACUGUAUCUAAGCACAUUUUCGGAAAAUCAUAUGAUAGAAAAAAAUAGUUUGAUAUGGAUGUGGAUAGCUGAAGGUUUCAUCCAUGCAGAACCAGGGGUAGGAUUAUUUGAGCUUGGGGAGCGUUACUUUAAUGAAUUGAUAAAUAGAGGCUUGAUCCAGGCAGAGGAAACAGAAUAUGAAGGGUACGUAGAUGCUUGCUCUGUUAACAUUAUGGUUCUUGAUUUGAUCCGUAGCUUAUCGACGGAUGAAAAUUUUUCCACUGUAUUGGAUGGUCGUGAGCAACAGAAACUUCCGAGGAGCAUUGCUCGCAGGUUACUCUUGAAGUGUUUUGAAAGGCACAACAGCAGUCAGCUAACUACUAAUGUUGAUGUGUCGAAAGUGAGAUCCCUUUUUGCCAGUCAGUGCGAUUUUGGUGCAUCAUUCCCACGCUUCCCAUGUUUACGUGUGUUAGAUAUGAUAAACUGUCGUGCUGAGGAAGGCCGUGAAGAAGGUAUGCUGGAUCAUCUUUGGAGUUUACUUCAGCUGAGGUACCUUGGGCUUGGCCUAGGUCUUAUCGAGCUGCCCAGGAAAGUAAGAUAUCUAAAAUUUCUGCAGACACUGGAUUUACGGGGAAGUUUCGUGAAGGAGCUUCCAAACGGGGUGGGACUGCUGACGCAACUUGUUUGCCUACGAUCUGAUUGCGAAACAAGAGUGCCGGCUGGCUUGAUCGGUAAGCUGACCUCAUUGCAAGAGCUGGCGAUACACCCUACUGCUAAUGCUAGAAUGCAUUUUGUGAAGGAGCUGGGCCUGCUGAGAGAACUGAGGGUGCUACGGACUAUGAUUGAUGGUACGAGUGAGAGCAUGGGGAGAACUUUGCUUGAGUCCAUAGGCAAUCUGCACAAGAUCAGGUACCUGAACAUAGAGGAGGCUCACCCAUCUCUCCCUUCCUCGUUCGGUUCCUCUCCUAUUCCUUCAACCCUUCUCUUUUCUUCUCCUUCUCCUUCUUCACCCAUGGCCAAAACUUUGAGGGAGGCUCAAAGGGAGCUCGCCUUUUCAUUGCUAGGUAACUGCAGGAUGACCGAUGCAGGAUUCGUCACCUGUCAGCAUCUCCGUUUCCUGCGUUUGGAAUGGAUCGUGUUUUCUGGACUUCCGGGGUGGAUUAAUUCAUCACUUGCUCCGAACCUCUCCUACCUGUGUUUGAAAGUGCUAGUUAUGAAAGAGCAGGACGUGGAAACCCUUGCGAGAUUGCCAGAGCUCCGUUGCCUCAAGCUGCAUUCGUGUGACACCAAAUUACUAGUCAUAAAGAUUCUUACUGAGAAUGUUGGAUACUUUCGGAAUUUGAGAACCUUACACCUAUAUAAUACAUCUAUCUGGUUUGAUCCGCACGGCAGCAAGUGCAGAAGCAGCAGCAGGAUAGAAUCUACUAUCAUGCCAAGUCUUGAAUCCCUUAGUUUUGACGUCCAUGUGCGGUUCCUAAAAGAUGCGACGACCCUGUUUGGUUUUGACAAGCUGCUUGGUUUCGAGAAUAUCGGAAGAAGUUCGCUCCAGAUAGUCACUGCAUAUGUGAACUGUGGAAAUGCCCGUGCUUCAGAGGUGGAGGAGGUGGAAGCUGCGUUGGUGCACGCGGCUACAGUCCAUCCCAAACAUCCCACUCUUCAAACCGCACGGCUAGAAGAAGAUGAUCUGCUGUCACCCUACCAAGAGGUGACCAGCCCUGUAACCAAGUUGGUGGAUCAGGUGAAGUCGAUGGAGGUGUCUGCAGCACCAUCUCUGCAUCAAACCAAUGUUGAUGAGGAACCUGGAGAGAGUAGCACUGAUAGAACAAUGGGAAGUGGAAGUAGUAGUGAUCCGCCGCUCCCGCCGGGGUACCGGUUCUACCCGACGGAGGAGGAGCUGCUGAGCUUCUACCUCCGCCACCGCCUCGCCGGCACCAUGCCACAAGUCGAGCACUUCAUCCCCGUCGUCGACAUCUACAGAUACCAUCCCUCCGAGCUCCAGGCGAUGGCCGGAGUCGCGAACGUGGGCGACAAGGAGCAGUGGUUCUUCUUCUGCCCGUGGGCGGAGCGGGAGCUGCACGGCGGCCGGCCGGCGCGCACCACGCCGUCGGGGUACUGGAAGGCCGCGGCGGUGGCGUCCUACGUCUACUCGGCGCCGGCCAACCGCGUCAUCGGGGAGAAGCGCACCAUGGUCUUCUACGAGGGCCGCGCCCCCAUGGGCAAAAAGACCCGCUGGAAGAUGAACGAGUACAAGGCCGCCGAUGGCGCGCCGCUGCUGCUGGCUGCAGGGGCGCCUGUCAGGCUGCGGAACGAGUUCAGGGUGUGCCGCGUGUACAUCAGCACCGGCACGCUGAAGUCCUUCGACUGCCGGCCGCUCAACCCGGCCGGCGGCGUCGAUCAAGCUCUCCACUGCUACCAACAGCAACAAGUACAGCUGGCACCACCACCACCACCCGCGGCGGCGGCAGCGGCGAGCCAGAUGCCUGCAGUCGACGGCGUCGAUCAAGCUCUCAAUGUAUCCGAGGAACACGGGGAGAGUAGCACUGAGGGCAUGACGAAUUCAACUCAGGGCACCAUGGAGGCACCAGUUAGUUCUUCUCUGGGUGCAAUGGGCUCUCUUUUUAGGAAGCUCGGUAUUCUGCUGGAUCCCAAGUACCCUCUUCGGAGCUCACUAAAGCACGCAAUCAAGCUUCUCGUGGAGGAUCUGGAAGAAAUAAGGGACGCCCACAUGGAGCAGUUGAUGGCAGAUUCCCACAACAGUAAGGCGAAAUACUGGAUGGAAGAGGUGCGUGAGCUCUCGUAUGAUAUUGAGGACAGCAUCGACUUCAUGAUGUUGUCGCACAACGCUGCCAAUGAGAAGCCGAGAUCCAUCCAUGCCCCCAAGCUCAGGGUUGCACGUCUUAAGAUUCGUGGGCUUCCCAGUAUGCUCAAGCUGUCAACGAGGAUCGUAAGAGUUGCAGAGCUCAGGACUCUGCUGUGGGAGGCAAGCGAACGGCAUGCAAGGUACCAGCUUGAUGGUUGCGUCUCGAAUCCUAGGUCUGUGUUCUCUGGCCGUAGCAGUCGGAUCACAUUGGUUUAUAAAGUUGUUGCCGAUCACAUUGGUAUCGAGGGACCAAAGAAAGAACUUACCAUGUGGCUCACCAACCAAGCAGAACAACAGUUGAAAGUGUUGUGUAUUUUUGGACCUGCAGGGAUCGGUAAAACAACCCUUGCUAAAGAAUUGUAUCGUGAACUCGGUGGGAAAUUUGAUUGCCGGGCUUUCAUACGGGUGUCACGGAAUCCUGACAUAAGUAGACUUCUUCAGGAACUACUCUAUCAAAUUCUGCGGCCUAAUAAACAAAAUCUGUAUGCCUGCUCAGUUCAAGGCGACAUUGAAAACAUUAGGAAGCACCUCGAAGAUAAGAGGUAUUUUAUUGUAAUUGAUGAUUUAUGGGAAGCAGAAGCAUGGGAUAUCAUUAAAAAUGCUUUUCCAAAUGGUAGUAAUUGCAGUAGAGUAAUAAUAACAUGUGAAGUAAAAAAUAUAGCGCCCGAAUGCUCUGGUUACCACACCGUUGAUACUUUUGAAAUGAAGCCCCUUGGGAGUCAGGAUUCUGAAAAUUUAUUCUUAGAUAGAGCUUUUAGUUCUGACAAUCAAUUUCCUGAUCCAUUCAUCUUCAGAAUGUUAAAAGAAUGUGGUGGUUUGCCAUUAGCAAUCAUCUCUGCAGCUGGUCUUUUUGCAAGCUUGCGAGAUAACUCAGAUAUAUGGCACCAACUGCUGCAAAGUGUUCUGUCCACUCUGGAAAAUCUUUCUUUGGAAGAUAUGCUUAAACAAAUAGUAAGCAUUUGUUACAAUAAUCUUCCUCAAGAGUUAAAGACAUGCUUGCUAUAUCUUACCAUGUAUCCAGUGGGAUGCACCAUCUGGAAGGAUGAUUUGCUAAAGCAAUGGGCAGCUGAAGGUUUUAUUACUACAACAAAAGGAAAUGAGGGAGUUGCAGAGAAUUAUUUUAAUGAGCUGGUCAAAAGGGGAAUGAUUCAACCUGAGAAAAUUAACUACAAUAAUGAGGUGCUAUCUUGUACAGUACACCAUGUUGUUCUUGAUCUUAUUACAUAUAAGUCUAGACAAGAGAAUUUUAUCACUGCAGUAGAUUACUCUCGGACUAAUGCUAUGUUUUUAAUGAAAGCCCGUCGAUUGUCCCUACACUACAGUUGCGCCCAGUAUGCAACCGAACCGGAAGGUAUAAGAGUGUCACAAGUUCGAUCACUUGCCUUUUUUGGACUCCCCAGGUGUAUGCCUUCUGUCAUAGAAUUUAAGCUUCUUCGGGUUCUAAUCCUUGAAUUUUGGGGCAAUAAGGAUGAUUGCACUAGUGUCAACCUAUCAAGAAUCUGCGGGUUAUGCCUGCUGAGAUAUUUGAAGAUUUCAAGUCAAAUCUACGUGGAAUUACCAUCCGAGAUACAGGGGUUAAAGUUCUUGGAAAUACUGGAAAUAGAUGCAAGAGUUUCUGCAGUUCUCAAUGAAAAAAUGCUGGAAAUAGAUGCAAAAGAGUCAGCUGUUCCAAAUGAUAUUGUUCAUCUCCCAGGCUUGUUGCAUUUGGGCAUUCGAGAUGGGACAAAACUACCUGAUCGGAUUGGCCUCAUCACAUCUCUACAAACGUUGAAGUGUUUUGACCUUGGAUACAACUCUGAAGACAAUGUGCAGAGCCUUGGUGAGCUCAUAAAUCUAAGAGAUCUUCAUCUCACCUGUUCCAAGGAAGUGUCUCAUGAGCAUCUGAAGAGAAAACUCGUAGCUCUGGCCUCUUCUUUUGGGAGACUAGCCAACUUGAAAUCUCUCACACUGGCUCAUGGUGCUGUAGGCAUGACAAUGUUCGUUGAUCACUCAAGUGCCAUAUUCUCCACUCCCAUGUUUCUUCAGAGACUUGAGUUGCCGCCUAUUUGCACCUUUUCCAGACUUCCUGAGUGGAUUGGAAAACUCCGCAAACUCUGCGUUUUGAAAAUUGUUGUCAGAGUAUUACUGAGGAGUGAUAUUGAUAUCCUCACUGGAUUGCCUGGUCUCACUGUUCUCUCGCUGUACGUUCGGCAGCCCAAUGCAGAAGGUGUUGUAUUCAAUAGUGGGGAAUUUCCAGUUCUCAAGUACUUCAAAUAUAGGUGUAGUGCUCUUUGCAUAGCCUUUCGGGAAGAAGCACUGCCUAAUCUUCGUAGGUUGAAGGUUUGUUUCAAUUUCCACAGAGAUGAGAUAUAUUCGCAUAUGAUUUCUGGCGUUGAACACUUGUUAAACCUCAAGGAGAUUGCUGUGAGAAUUGGGGCAGCAGAUGGUGGUGUCGAGGAAUCCGACAGAAGGGCUGUAGUCGCAUUCGAGAGCACCAUACGCAAACAUCCAACGUUUCCUAUUUAUAUGAAUGUAAGAAGGUUUGAUUGGGUAGAGUAAAGUCCAGUAGGAUUGUGUGUGGUUUGUGUUUUUGCUGUUGUCUGCUGUGUGGUGCUUAUGCUUUCUGUACUGAAUUCAGAUGUUCAAAAUACUUUAAAACACCAUUUUGUGGUUUCCAAGUAAUGUAAAUGGGGAACAACCUACUACCUCUACUAAAAAAUUCUCUACUCC